AUGCAUAGUAGCCGUUUGAGCCCACUUAUAUUAUUGGCAAUAGCUGUAUUGUUACAAACCACUCCGGAGACCGAGUGCGUGAAAGUUGAUGGUAUUUUGAACUUUUUGGAGGAAUUACGUGUACGCAUGUGUCAUCCUAUACCACAGUUAGGAUUGCCAGCGUUGGAUCCUUUUCACAUCUCUCAUGUCGAAACAGAAAUGAAUAACAAAUAUUUAGUAGAUUUCUCAGGGUCUGUCACCAAUUUCAAUCUGACAGGCUUAUCGGAUUUCGAUAUAAAAGACUUGCAGAUUAAUACACUAAAGAAAUCAAUAAUUGAUAUUAAUUUACCGAUGACAGCAUUUACGUCCAUUUACACUGCUAAAGGUUCUCUGGCCUAUAUAUUGAAUUUGGCCGGUGAUGGCAAUGCAGAUGCGCAUAUAAAAAACUUCAACUUGAGAAUUUCGUUUAAUUUGAGAAUCGGAAAAUUUCUUAGCAUUAGAAACUUUAGUAUCAAGAUCACAGUUGGUGAGAUAUAUAUGGAUUUUGAAAAUUUGCUCGAAGAGGAACGCAUAAAUAAUUUUUUGCAUGCUUUGGUAAACGAACUGGGUUUGGAACUUUUGGGAGAUCUUUGGACAGAUGAAAAGGAUCUUGCAGAGCAAUAUAUUCAAGACCGCAUAAACUCUUUAAUUGGCCAAUACACUUUAGCUGAUAUUAUAAAGAUAAUUGGUGGUAGCGGUGACGGAGAACCAAUAUUUGGUAAUGGGCCCCCAGGUGAUUGCAAAGACGAUAAUACCUUCAAUUAAAAUACUGUCGCAAAAACUUAAUAAGACUGAAAUAAAAACAAUUUUUAUACUAUAAAGCAGAUGUCAUAAAUUCGCCAAUGAAGUGCACAAUUCGCGCAUUAUUUAUAGUGCAUUUUAUUAACUACUUAAGCUUGUAUACUAAUCUUUAUAAAUCCCAAAAAUGUUUACCAGCAGAUUAGAUUGUGCAUAAUGCUUACUUUGUUAAUUUAUGGCUCAAUAAAAUGUUGUAUUAAUAA